AAUUCUAAUACACAGCAAGCAGUUCAAGUUAUCAAGGAGCACAGUUCUUCAAGGCCUCUCUUCCUGUACUUGCCGUUUCAAAAUGUUCAUGAUCCGGUUCAAGCACCUCAAAAAUACAUUGACAAAUACAGCUUCAUCGAAAACAAGACGAGGAGGACGUAUGCAGCCAUGCUGGAUAUUGUCGAUGAAGCUAUUGGUAACGUGACAAGGAGCUUAGAAAAAGCAGGGUAAUAUACAUUGGUUUCCUUUAUUUUCAGCUCAGUUCGUAGAGCGCCGGUUUGCCGCAUCGCGUAAGCAGUGAUUCGAACCGCAAACGGAAGCUAAAACAACCGAAGUCUUAUGAAUCUUGGCUAGUGAGGUCUUACUGGUUGUGAUGCACUUCAAUUCAGUCCAUACUGCUUUCGAGAGAGAAGGUGGCGUAGAGUCCGGUUGUGUGGUAUAAAUGAGUCCUCUCUACGGCAUAUAUUGUGGGGGUUUACCUCGUCGGUAUUGUACUUCAAGACCCUAAAAACUUUACUAUACCAAAUUAUAAAAUAACUAAGAUAGUACGUGCGUUCUGAUUGGCCGAGAGGAGUGUUUGCAUGAGGGUAUGUAAACAUGGUUGUGGCGUCAAGAUGUUUUGCUUUUCGCGCGCUAAUCACGCAAGCACGAAUUUGAAAAAGUUUUCAAGUUCAAAACUGGACAAGUUUACUUUAUUUACCCAUUCCUUCGUCGGUUGAAACUUGGAAAAUCGUUACAAAGAAAGUGUGUCAAUUUUUUUUCGCUUAAGCUGUCAUUUUAAGCGAGAAAAGCGCGUAUUUUGGAAAGCAUCCUUUUGCAAAACAAGAACUGAUUACGCGUGCAAGACAUCGUGGACAAGACUUUGCGACUGGUAAGAAAUUCUCUUUUAAUCAGUGCCAUAAAAAGAGUUUUGCGUCUUUUCUCGGAAAAUUUAUUUUAUAAAAGCAAUAGAAAACUUUUUUUCCUGUGUUUGCAUAGCCUGAUAUAAAUACUCGAGGCGUUGCUGUCUCGAAUUCUCCCAGCCCCUUUCGAGUUUAUAUCAGGCUAUGCAAACACGGAAAACGUUUUCUAUUGCUUAAAUGAAACACCAUUUGACUCAGACGGUCCAGUAUCUUUAUAUUCUAUUUUUGAUGACCCAAAACUGAAACGUUUUGCGAAAAUGUUGAAGUAAUUGUCAGUUAUCCUGGCCAUCGUCGACGGUAUACUCUACAUAUUCACAGAAGGUGUGCUACGUAAUUGAUAGGCACUGUACUACCAGAGGCGGCCCAGACCUAGUAUGUGUAGCUGAAUUAAUAUGUUAAUAUUCACAUGGACAAAUUAAUUAAUGCGAUGAGUCGUCGAAACUCCCAUGAACUAAAAUAGUCCAAGUGCUGCAUUGUUGCGCGAACGCGGUCGCUAAGCUUAAAUAUUCACGUUGCGUAUUAAACCUGGUAGUUUGCAAAACUCAACAAAAUGCCACUUAAACCGGCCAGGAAAGACAAGGAUACGUUCAGUUGAAGGUAUCUUAGCUUUGUUUUGUUAUAUUUUGACUUUUGGACUAUUUUAGUUCAUGGGAGUUUCGACGACUCAUCGCAUUAAUUUGUCCAUGUGAAUAUUAAUAUAUUCAUUCAGUGACACAUACUACGUCUGGGCGCCUGUGGUACCACUAGCGAAGGCAGAAAAUAAAUACAUGAUAUCAUUAUCAAUUAUCAUUUCACUACAGCCUUUGGGACAACACUUUGUUCAUCUUCACCACUGAUAAUGGAGGGCGUCCUGAGUCAGGAGGUUAUAACUGGCCUUUGCGUGGACAGAAGGACACUCUCUGGGAGGGAGGAGUACGAGGGGUGGCAUUUGUCCAUGGGCCAAUGCUGAAGAAAACAGGCGUGAAAAGUAAAGAAUUGCUUCACUCCACAGACUGGUAUCCCACACUGAUCAACCUCGCAGGUAAGAAGGAGGGAGGGAGGGGUCCGAGGGGGUGGCUUUUGUCCAUCAGCCAAUGUUUAAGAAAACAGGGGUCAAAAGAAAGGAUGCUGAGUAGUGCUUCACUCCACGGACUGGUAUCCUACACUUAUCAAUUGUGGUAAUAGUUUAGCUAACAUUUCAGUCCAAGUGCUAACUGCUAAAUUUACAUUUCAAACAGACUUUCUCUUCUAUAAAAAACACACAAAAUGUACCUAAAAUCUUCGCUCGCUCGAUUAUCCUUCAGCCGAUUCUAGCCGCGAGGAGAACAGUGAUUAAUUCAUUCAGGGCAAAUUUGUCGCUUGAUCUUUUGUCUUUUUUCCUUCAAAACGACAGCUUAGUAUUUUAUUCAACUUCCACUUUUCAUCUGUGCAUUUCAUAGGUGUAUUUUACCCGUCAGGAGAGGAGAUGUGUUGAAUUUGCCUAAAUUUUACCGCGCUAGCUCAGUUUCUUGGCGCGCACCCACGGGCAAAUGGUAGUGGCUAACUGACCAAUCAGAGCGCGCGAUUUACUUUUGUUAUGUUAUAAAACACCAUGGGCCAGUUAUUUAAACUGAGUUUAACCAGUGCCAGUUUGCCGAACGCUUUAUGUAAACACCAUUUAUUGCGAACAGUGUCAUGAAAGCAUAUAGUGUAGACUAGAAAAGCGUUUGUCCUCUUAAAAUAACCCAAGGAAGAAGAGAUCUGGAGGUCCGAAGGUUUCUUAAACCGCGGUCUAACUUAGAUUUCGUUUAAAUAACCGACCCUAUAAGUCUUGCUUGUUUUUGCUUUGUUAUAGCAUUAGUUGAAGUGAUUGCACUAAGAAUUUUUUGACUGAGUGUCUAUCACCUAACUCUUGGUAAUGUUGUUCUAAAUAGAACUACUUAAAAAUACCAGUUUUUAUAAGGGCCGGAGAUAACCCCAAACGGACGUUACUCCAGAAACUCACACAAAUAUCCUUGGAUCCCGACACCGUAUUACGUAUUGCGACAUGUAUUACGUAUUCUACAUACGUACAUGUAUUACGUAUUCUACAGACUACAUCAACGACUUACUUUAGAAAGCUGCUUUACAAACUUAGAACAAACGCCACUGAAUGGUAGCCAACAGUUACCAGCACCGUACAAACGACUUAUUGACGAGAUUAAGCAAAACGAACUACGAGAGAACGACUGGAGUACUGACAGUUUUACUAACAAUAAACGACUGUUUAAUUACUGAUUACGGGUCUUUAUAGCCAAUAACAUCAAAGCUUAACUGACAGGCGACCAAUAACAUCGCGACGUAAUUGACCAACCAGAUCGAUAACCAGAGUAUAAUAUCAUCAACUGACGUGACACAACUCACUUUGACUCUGAAGAUGACUACCGCACAGGUUGUCGAAACGUCAGUCACUGUGGACAAAAACAGUCCUUUUCAGGACUACGUUCACCCGGACGGUCAAUCUCAACCUACUUUUGCUGGGUUCAAACCUUUGACCACUUCAAAAAAUAUACAUUUACUAUCCUCCAACCAACGAUCAGGCGUUUUUGUUUGCCCAAGGAAGACAAUUAAAUAGUGGAGCUCUCGAUGCGCGCAGCGGAACACAAUGAAUAAGAAAAUUUGGUUAUCCAUGCAUCCAGUUUUGUUUCUGACAAAAUCGUCCGUUUGUACAUACGUCGCUCCCUCAUGAUAGCGGUUUGUGAAAUAUCUUAAUUUUUAUUCCAAGGUAUGUACAAAUUGUGUUUAACUUGAUAUUGGAAAAUCAUGUUAUGAUCAAUUGACAUCUGUCAAAAUAGGGCAUCCGGCGACCAGUGUCACAUGACUGUAAUGCGCGCUCGGGUGUACAACUCAUUGAGGUGACGUGUUUUUUAAGUUCUCCGCUGACCAGUUAUGGUAAACAAGUGAUCACAGAAAGUCUUCAGAAAAACUUUAUUUUAGAAAGUUCCCACGAGUGCUUUACUUUUGGCCUUCGCUAAAUCUAUAUAUUCAAGAUGUAGAAAGGGUAUGAUCGUACGCUAACUAUCAUCGAUGUAACAGGACAAAAUACGAAAAUAUUGUAAAUCCAGUUUUAUCGUACAUAAGACAUAAUCAAGACCUUGAUUCUUUCAGGAGGAAAAGUCGAUAAUAAUCCUGUACCAGUAGACGGCUUUGAUGUAUGGGAGACAAUUUCUGCAGGCAAGCCAUCUCCAAGAACUGAAAUACUCCUAAACAUCGACUUAGCACCAAAGAAGAAGCGUUACCGAGGCUAUUAUGAGGGCGCGGCAAUCCGUGUUGCAGAUAUGAAGCUGUUGGUCAGCUGUCCGAAUACCUCUUGGUUCAAGCCACCAGAACUUUGUAACAAAGAAACGGUCAGUAACUAAAGGUCUUUUAUGAAUAUUUUUGAUGAACAUACUCUCGAUUCCCUACACAAAUCGAAUUCAUAACUUCCCAAACACUGGGUGAACGCUCUAUCCACUUAGCUUCGAAGAGAUUCAUGAAGCCCAAAGCCAAUUACUGGGUGCUUACUUGCGAGUUUUUACUGUAUCAUGCAUAACGAAAGGAUCAGCGAUGUCGAGGGCGAACCUAUUUUAUGGUCAUAAACAGAGAGAAAGGAAAGAAACAGAGAAAAAAGGAAAACGUUAUUCUCGUUAAAAAGUAAGAGGCCCUCUAGGUAGUGGUGUGAAGUUUUCGUUGCCAUGCACGGGUUAAAAAAAGUUGAUAAAUCUCCAACAAUUGAAACUCUGUUGUUUUGCCUUGAGUUAGGGGACAACGGAUGUCACUAAAACGGGGAACGUGGAGCGGGGAACGGGGAACGGGAAAUGGGAAACGGGGAGCGGGGAACGAUCACGAGGAACGAAAUGAAACAUUGAAACAAAACCCUAGCCUUGAACCCUGGCCCUAUCAAUAACUUCAUUUCAUAUUCUCUGAUUUGUUCCGAUUUUUCAAUUUCCCCUUCUUCGUGCUCGUUUAGGCCCCGCUCCCCGUUUUAGUAACAUCCGGUGUCAACGUACGGUGGCAACUAGUCCGUGUAUUGCCGUUUUUGUGCUUUGUUCUAAUGUUGACAAAGGACGAGUACCUUAUUACAUGAAAUUUUCGCGACAAGUCAAUUUCGCGAAUUUCGCGAUACAAAAAAUCGCGAAAUUAAAGUGACGCGAACAAUAAGUGUCGCAAACAUAACAUGACGCGAAAAUUAAGUGACUGACAUUAUGUCCAUAAUUAAGAAAGAACGAGUUUAUUACCACUGAAACGUUUACAAGAUCACAUUUUAUUUUUCUGAGGAAUUUUCAGUGUAAGUGGAUGUUGUAGUCAAUUGACUCAAGAACGAUAAUUCACGUACAAGCAUGAACUGCUUGUGAACAUUGUGAGAACUGCUUUGUUGUUACUGUUGACACUAGUCUCGCUGUUGCGCUUUUCUUACUUUUGACGUUAUUGUUCCUUUGAUGAAGUAAUUAUAUUUAAUUCAAGGAGAUGUUAAAUAACAUUGCCUAUAAAAUGUAAAUUGUUGUACUCAAAAAUGCGAAAUUAAAGUGAUUCAAAAUAUAAAAUUUUCAGAAAAUCGCGAAAUUUAAGUAUCGCGAAAUAUGCGCACAUCAAAAUUGCGAAGUAAACAUGUCGCCAAAAUUUAAUGGAAGUAGUUAUCUCUUUUUACCAUUUUCAGAAUUCUCAAGUGAAAGGUUUUAUUGAAGUUGCUCUUUACAAUAUCACAGCUGAUCCUACAGAACACAAUGAUUUGAGCCAAACGUUGCCUGACGUCGUCCAAAAAUUGCAAGAGAGACUGGAGUUUUACAAACGUAGCGCCGUAUCCCCUCUAAACAAGCCUGCGGACAGUCAGGCUUGGGAUGUUGCGCGGAAGGAUGGCAUUUGGACGCCUUGGAGAAGCACAGUGGACGAGAACGCCCAAUAA